CUCAAUCUUACCAUCACUCAUUUCCCAUCCAUCAUUCUUAUUAGUUCCCACCAUGAUCCCUGCUUUGAGACUGAGGUCGUCGUCCAGUAGGUUGCUUCAGGCACACCGAUCGACUCCUACUACCAGCCUUUUGUGGAGUGGUGGUGGUAGUCGUCCCUUGUCUUUGUUGGCUGCGGCAUCCUCGUCGUCGCCAUCCAGCAGUAUUUCAAAUACUGGCUACCCAUCACGAGAAGAACCAAGUCAAAGACUUCCACAGCAGUAUGCUCCAUUCCACCACCAUGGACACGGGUAUUCUGCCAUUCAGCAUCGUUGGUUAGCAACUGGUGGUACCGACACAUCAUCCAAGGAAGAACAAGAAAAGAAAGAAGAGCAAGAAUCCAAGCCACAGACGGAACAAACAGACAAUGCGGAUGAUUCGUCAUCAUCUUCCUCAGAUUCCGACUCGGAUUCCUCCGACUCCGACUCGGAUAAUGAUACUGCUGCGGCGCCUCCACCCAAAAAAGUCAAUGCCGAAUCCAUGGAAUUUCAAGCCGAAACCAAGCAACUCUUGGAUAUUGUCACCAAUUCACUCUACACCGACAAAGAUGUCUUUCUAAGAGAAUUAAUCAGCAAUGCCAGUGAUGCGCUAGAGAAACUAAGACAUGUGCAAGCCACCAAUACGGCCAGUACCAUUGAUUCCGAUGUGCCCUUGGAAAUUCGAAUUGAUCUCAAUGAAGUGGACAGCACCAUUACCAUUACCGAUACUGGAAUCGGAAUGACACGAGACGAAAUGAUUUCCAACUUGGGCACCAUUGCACGGUCCGGAUCCAAAAACUUUUUGCAAGAAUUGCAAAUGCAACAAGAAGCACCCGUCGCCAAUGACAUUUCACGCGGUAUUAUUGGAAAGUUUGGGGUCGGAUUCUAUGCGGCGUUCAUGGUGGGACAUCUCGUUGAAGUACGAUCCAAAUCGGCAUUGACGGAACACUCCACGGUGACACCCAAAGUAUGGUCGUCCGACAAUGGGGCCGGGUCGUUUGAAAUCUUUGACUUGGACGACAACAUACGGCAAGAUCGAGGAUCGUCCAUUGUCAUUCAUCUCAAGGAAGAGUUCUGGCAGUACUGCGAUGAAAACAAAAUUGAAGAAAUAUUGAAACGGUACUCCAACUUUGUCAAUUUUCCCAUCUUUCUCAAUGGAAAUCGAGUCAAUACCAUUGAUGCCGUCUGGGUCAAAGAUCCAAAGGAAGUUGACGAUGAGACAUAUGCCGACUUUUACAAGUACAUUUCCAACAAUAUGGACGAUCCACUGGAAACGAUCCACUUUCGGGCAGAUGCACCCUUGGAUGUCAAGGCAUUGUUCUUUAUUCCCAGUUUUCAUUCCGAAAAAUAUGGAAUGGGACGAAUGGAACCUGGAGUCUCUCUCUAUUCGCGCAAGGUACUCAUCGAGGCCAAGUCACCAGACAUUUUGCCCGACUGGAUGAGAUUUGUCAAGGGAGUUGUGGACAGUGAAGAUCUGCCGCUUGCCAUCUCGAGAGAAAAGGCUCAGGAUUCUGCUUUAAUUGCCAAGCUGCGGUCGGCCCUGGUACGAAAGUUCAUUUCACACAUUACCAAACUGGCCAAGAAGGACCGAUCCCGGUUUGUCGAUGAGUUCUACAAAGAGUACGCCUUCUUCUUGAAGGAGGGCAUCUGCCACGACUUUGAGUUUCAGGAACCACUCUCCAAGCUGCUUUACUUUGAAACAUCCAAGAACCAGAAUUCCGAACUCUCAUCGUUGGAUGAGUACAUUGGCCGCGUGCGACCAGAACAAAAGGAUGUGUACUAUCUGUGUGCACCAAGCAGAGACGCAGCGCUGAACAGUCCGUACUUGGAGGCUUUCGAAAAGGCAGACGUGGAAGUAUUGUUCAUGUACUCGGCAAUUGAAGACUUUGUAAUGGCCAACUUGGAAAAGUACCAAGGUCGCAACUUGGUCAGUGUGGAAACGAGCGACAUUGACUUGAGUGAACUGACCAAGCAGUCAGGCAAGGAUGACGAAGAGUCAGAGGAUGCGGACGACAAGGACGAAGCGAACGUUUACAACGCGGACCGUAAGCUAACCCCCGAGGAAGCUUUGGACUUUUGCCUCUGGUUCAAGAAGGAAUUGGGGGAUAAGAAGAUCUCGUCGUGUACAGUGACAGAUCGCCUUCAUUCAUCGCCCGCCAUUGUAACUGACCACGAAUCCGGAGCACUUCGACGCAUGAUGAGAUACGUGGACACUCAGGAUGGAAACCGGGACUACAUUCCCUUGCCAAAGCAGCACGUGGAGAUCAAUCCUUCACACAAAGUGAUUGUGGGGAUCCAUGCUGUGAUGAAGACACAGCCUGCUCUGGCUCGUGUUCUAGCUGAACAAGUAUACGACAACUGUUUGAUCGCAGCUGGACUGCUCGACGACAGCCGUGCCAUGUUGCCCCGAUUGAAUGAUAUCAUGAUGUGUGUUGUCAAUGGUGCAACGGGAACAGACGAAUCGGUUCAAUCAGGUAGCACCAGCCCCGGGAAGGACGAAACAGCAUCUACCAAUAUUUCUGUGGACGAUGGCAAAGCAGAGGAAAGCGCCAAAGAGGAGUCUUUAGUUUCAGAGGACUCUUCUUCUUCACCAAAGAGCGCAGCAAGCGACGGUAAGCCAUAGCAAGGUGAAGGAGACGAGGGAUAGAACGGCUGCGACUUAGCUUAGGACAGUCGAUGCUCUCUUUCAAUCAGUAGUGCAUCAUCGUGCUAGUCAGAUAGAUCGACCUGCAAUUCGCCAUACUUCCCAAAACCACGAGAAAACUAGUUCAGGGGGAGCGGCAUAGCUGCCAGUGCCGCAAGUGCACGAACUUUGUACCCACCG